AUAAACAUUCCAUUCUCUUAACGUUCAUUUUCUCCUCCACCAUCACCAUUGCCAACAGCGCCACUCUUUCCUCGCUCUUCUCUAAUGGCGGCCUCCACAGUACAGCACGUCGCCAAGCCCUCGUCCGACCAACUUCUUCGGAAGUUCGCCGACAUGGAGCCGGACAAACCGAGACGCAGGAAGAAAGCCAGGCCCGUUCGAGACGAGCCGCACAACUCCUCCAUUGCCGUGCCAGAACGGCGAUCACUUCUUCCGGUGGCGAACCCCAAGACUGGGACCUUGAGGCAGUUCAAGGCUAAGAAACCGGAUUUGAGAUACCAGAUGCGGAACCGGUUCCUUCUGGGAUUGGUUAAGAAGACAUGGAAUCACACCAUGGAAAGAGCUACCAAGAUGCUGCUGGAGAAGCACUGCAACAGGCAUGUUCGACUUAGAAAUGAAGCUGUUUGAUGGUUGAAAGCAAGGGAAUCAUCAUCACAGGGCAGAUAGAUUACCACUCAUCUUGACAAAUGACUCUACAUGUGGUGGUGUAGCACCAUAAAGGCUUCUUUGUUUUAAGCAUUUGGAUUUCUUAAAACCAACAAACAUGUCUUUUUUUUUCCUGUUGAAUUAAAGGUGGACCAUCCACAGCCAAACCUUCGUAGGAAAAUCAACAACACCAAGAGAUAGGCCUAACAUCAGGGUCUUCAAAUUGACACCACAUUUUCCUCUUAACACUUGGUCACCACCUGCAGUGGUUGACAACUACAUGUACUCAGUUACCAUUUUUCCUGUUUUUGCUCAUUCAUUUUUCAAUAAAUCAAUAAAAUUGGAGAAAUUAUGAGGAGAUUCAAA